AUGUCUUCGCCAAUGACUAGAAUGCAAAGACUUUCUGAGUCCGUUGUUGCUGAUUUGUUGUUCUUGGGCACCAUAACGCGGCUUGUUGCCGCAAGGGCCUUUCAUUUUCUGAUUAAAGAUAUGAAGGACACUCGGAGUUCAUCGUCGUGGACACUGUCUGCUCAUGAAGAAGGCCUGAGGCCAACUACGAUAUCGAUAAGCCAGACAUGGCCCAUUCCUGCAGGAACCUCCCUUGAGAAGGCACUCCCGGAGCUACUUAACACCGGCGUAGUGUUUCCAAUUGAAUACCCCUCGAUUUCCUAUUCAUAUUUCGUACCAGCUGCGAUUGCGGGAGAGCUUUCAGUGGAGCAUGUCGCAUUCCUGGUGCAGAAACCUUCCUUCCCUGUGCCUCGACGACCCCUCUACCUUCGCUAUAGCUCCUACUACCUUCGACAUAGCCCCUUAGCCAUUGCUAUGGCACUGCCCCUGCCAUCACUUAACACAAUACACUUCACUUCAUCAGCUUCUUACAUAGCUGCGUGCUUACCGGGGCUUCCGACGAGGCGCAGUACUGUACGAUUGGGCGAUUUUGAGGCCUGUACGGGACGGAGCUCUGUACCACUACGCCAAUACAACCAAAAAGGUGCGAAUAAUCAACCAACGUUGAUUUUCGGCGCCAUCUCGGCCUUACACAGCCCUCCUACCCCUCCAGAACCCCUAUACAAACUUCCUAAAAGGGUAAUAAAAUCCGUACUACGUACUGUACCUAGGGCAUCAUUAAACGUACGGUACGGCUCACGAACUGGGCACGUUCGUACUGAACACGUGACCGUUACGGUUCACUUCGUACGGACCGUAGUACGGCCCGUUGGAAGCCCUGAUGCUUACACCACCUCUCCAUUUGCCGCAGACGACGGAGGGCUGUUACGUUUGAGAGCAAUUGGCUUAGUGAGACCAUCAUUAAGAACCUUCAGUUACAAAAGAACUGGCAAGGAUGGAAAUCUGUUCGCUGAGCAAAAUAAAGCCUCCCUUGAGGCUAUUGCCUCCAUUACUCCCCAAUUACGCUCCGUAGCCGUAACUACUAACUCAAUCCACUAUAUCCCGCCGUAUAUUUAA